UCUGGGGUCCAGAGAAGGGUUCUCCCAUUUUUCUCUUUCUCUCUCUCUAGGGUUUUUCUCUCUCUAGAGAAAAGUCGCCGUUUUGCACCGUUGUCGUCGCCGAGCUCGCCCUUCGCUGUUUGGGAGUGUUGCUGAGCCUUCGUGGACGUGUGAGAGAGUAUUUUGGACGGGUUUCCGCAGCUCUGGACCAGUUGUUCACUGGUUGGAAGCAUAAUAGAGUUUUGUACGUUGACUUCGCAGCAGGUCUUCGAGCCUCGUUGAGCUGAACGUGUACUCGUUGAAGCUGGUUUGGAAGUUGUUCUACCCUAAGCGAGAAGGUGUUGGACCCUUGGACCGCCUUCCUUUGGCCUUGGAGGACCUUUUGGAAGCUUAACGUGAGGAUUGAGACCUAGUGGAGCUGAUCCUUGAGACUUCUUGGACUGAUUUAGAGCCUAAUACUAUUUCAAGAUGCCUACGACUCGUUCUGGAACUGCCGGGGCGGCUGAGGCAGCCGCUGCGGAAGAAGUUGAGACUUCCGUCACUUCGGGGUCCAGUGAGCUCCAUGAGUUGCAGGAUCAGCUUGUGACGUUGACAGAGUUGGUUACUCAGCAGGCCGCGGCAGCACGACAGCAGAUGGACGCUGCGCGUCGGCAGGAGGACAGGAUGAAGAGGUUAGAGGAUCUGUUACUGCGGCAGACGACCGACAGAGAGAUUCCAGAUUCUGUACCUAUAGCACCAGAGAGGGGCACCACAGUGAGAGCACAGUCACCUGUACUUGACACACCCCCAGUAGCUCCGAGGGCAGAGACCCGACAGGAGACAGUAGUACCACCACCAGUACCUGUAGCAGCAGCUGGGACAGUGUUACCCGAGAUGGUGGGGGUUGAGGAGCGAGAGCGGAUGAUGGAACGAUUAAAUGACUUCCGUCGCUGCAACCCUCAUAUCUUUGACGGGGAGAAAGCCGAUCAUUGGGUGGUUGAAAAAUGGCUGAUGCAUAUGGAGAAGCUAUUUUAUGAUACCUUUGUUGAGGAGCGGUACCGAGUCUGGUUUGCGACACACCACCUUGAUGGCGAGGCUUACAGGUGGUGGGUGGACAUCCGGGAGGAUCCCCGUGCUGAUUUGGCUGCUAUCACGUGGAACAGGUUCAAGGAAUUGUUGUUGACGACCUAUUUUCCACAGAGUGUGAAGAGGCAGAUGGAAAGAGAUCUGAGAAAUUUGAGACAGGGGGACAGGACAGUGGCAGAGUAUGAGCGAGAGUUCUCCCGAUUACUGCACUGUGUUCCUUUUGUAGUUCGAGACGAUGAGGACAAGGCUCGUAUUUUUGAGGUGGGUUUGCGACCUGCGAUCUUCAGAUAUUGUCCAGCGCGUUCAAACCUCUCUACUACUGGAUGUAGUGAACCGGCCUUGACCGUGAAAAGGGCGGAGAUAUUCGAAGGAAAGAUGUUUGAUCGAAUGCAAAGGAAGAGACCCUGCAGUGAGAGCAUGUGCAGGCAGUCCUUUAGGAACCCCAAAAGUAUCAAGGGGACAUUCAAGGACAGUCGAGGGUCGAGCUUGUCUUCAGGCACCGUCGGGCACCCGAGCGUUCGUCGACCGCGCACGUUGUUUAUCUGUGGUGGCCUCACGCCGCCACAGUUGUCCACAGCGUGGGCAGAUGUUUAUCAUGGCCACCAAGUAUACUUACAGUCUCAUCACAUACUGCCCUAA